CGAGUGGUGGAAAAAGGUGGAAACUCAUCCGCACACGCGUAAAAUUUUCCUUAUUCGUCCGUGUCAUUCCCUUAGAAGCAGCAGCAGCAGCAGCAGAAGUAGUGUCCGCGCGGCUAGAAGAAAAUCGAUUUUUCCUUGUUCCAUCUGGUUUAUCUGGGAAGUUACCUGCGGUUGACUAUUAGUCACCAUCGGUUGUUCGGUUCCUAAUUCGACGUGUAUUGAAAUAUAGCGACGUAAUCUAGUAGUGCAUUGCCGUCGUACAGAUCGGUGUGUGGUUUGCAAUUAGUGGUGAAAUAGAAGGUGAAUCAAGAAUCCGAAGCGCUAGUGGAGCAGCAUUUGGCCCCACGAACAGAGGAGCAGUACAGUAACGAGCAGCAGCAGGAGGAGGAGGAGCGCACCAUGCAAAGUGUUUCAUUUCACAAGAUUGCUUGCGACGUUUCGGAUGCCCAUCAUCAAUUGUUGCUGAAAAGUGCCAAGUGCUGUUCGUAUAAAACUGGUGCCGCGAGCCAAGGUACUUUCAUAAGCGCCGACGAAACCUUCGGGAACUGUUGUGGUAGCCUUACGAGAAGAUCCUGAUCAUCGUAAUCCUAAAGUGAAAGGAAGCAGAGGGAGACCUAGAAAAAAAAACAAAGAUAGUGUGCUUACGUGAAACUGAUCGACCUGAGUCUGAAAGUAAAAUCAGUUAAUAACAUAUAAAAAGUGCAAGAAGCAAAUUUUAUAUUUAGCUAACAAGUAAAUACAGCAGCAACAACAACAACAACCAAAAUCGGAGGAUAGUGUGUGAAACAGAGCACAGAAAGCGAAGAGUGGUUUUUUAUUUGUGGUUGAUUUCGAAAUCAGUUUGAAUUCGCUGGUAGCAGAAGCAGAACCAGCCGUCACCAUAGGUCCAGAAGGGAAAAGUAGGAGGAAGUCGGGAGCCAACAAGAUGCCUCGAAAUCGAAAAAAGAAUUCCGCCAAUGGCAACGCGUACCACAACGACUCGGAUGAGGACACAUCGAACGACAAUGCGAGCGUGAUGUCCUGCCAGUCGGAAACGCUGAACGACGCCUACAACAACAACAACAACACCGACGGCGAUGCCAGUCAGACCGAGGCCGGCAGUGGCUUCGAAAAGUACGAGGAAAACCUACUGCAGGCGAUCGAGAAUGCUUCCGACAAAUCGCUCCAGACCCGGAUCAACGCAUUCCAGGUGAUCAACGAAACGCUGGUGCACCACUACAUCCCGGAGUUCAUCGACGACCGCAAGAUGACCCUGAUGGAUGUGAUCGAGAAGUCGAUCAAGAAGGGCAAGGGAGGGGAGCAGGCCUGUGCGGCUCGGAUCAUCCCACUGUUGGUGAUCCAGCUGGAGGGAACCGAGGAGAUCAACGGGAUGAUCAACGUGCUGAAACCGGUGCUGCUGGCAACGGCUCAAGAUGGAGCGGCUGCCUUCGAUGCACGGGCCAAGUGCUGCAUGGCAUUGGGGUUGCUCAACUUCCUCGGAACGGACGACAUCGGAGAUCUACUGCCACUGAUGAAGAGUUUCGAGGGUAUCUUCUCGGGAAGCUUCCUCAAGGGAGACAACAGUCCCAGCAGUGCCAGCGCCGACGCUGCUGCAAUGCACAGUGCGGCUCUGAGCGCUUGGGCUCUGCUACUGACCUUGAUCCCAGCGGGUGACUUGGUAUCCCUCGUCAACAGUAACAAUCCAAUGAUUCCAUCUAUCAAGAAGCUAACCGGAAUGCUGCAAAGUCCUCAUCUGGAUGUGCGAAUGACCGCUGGGGAAACGAUUGCCCUGAUUCUGGAAUGUGGUCGCUCUCACGACGAAGACUUCCUCGAGAACGAAUUGUCCGAUCUGAUCGAAGCCACCCAAAAGCUUGCCACCGACGCGCACAAGUACCGUGCCAAGCGUGACCGCAAGGUACAACGUGCGACGUUCCGUGAUGUGCACCGUUACCUGGAGGAGGACAUCUCGCCGGAAAUCUCGAUCAAAUUUGGCAAGGAAUCCUUGCUGUUGGACACCUGGACCCUCCAUCACCAGUACAUCUGCCUGCGGAAUGCGCUGGGAUUCGGAAUGAACGUACACCUGGCCGAGAACGAAUUCCUGCGGGAUGUGCUGGAGCUGGGCGCGAAGAUGGACGAACUGGAGCGCAGUCAAAAGGUGGCCAAGGCGGAGAAGAAGUUUAUCAAUGCGGCCGCAUUCAAGGCACGUACCAUCACCCGUGGCAAGAACCGGGACAAGCGAUCCGCCGUUCUGAACUAAGAAAGCGCGGGCGGUGCACUGUGUAAAUAGAGCUGUGUGAUUUACUUUUUUUUUCGGGAUUUGAAUUUAGGUAGAUAAUCGAAUUUUCAUUUUUAUUUUAGUAGGAAUUGUAGGUAUUCGAAAAUUUGCAUAUUUCUUUACGUACGCUUGAUCGGUUUCGUGAUGUAGAAUUAGAUCCUCUCUUUACAGCGAGCGAAGAAAAACGGCUAUUAACGGCUGAUACGUGAGUGUUAAUUGUAACUGACUUUCGGCAAAAAAUAUUGAAAAUGAAAAAAAAAAAUUCCUAACAUUAAAUUUUAAAUAGCAGUUCUAACUUUGGUCCUGUUUGCGAUAAAAUAAAAUGAAUUGUAUAAAAAAUUUCCACUGCUGCAAUGGUUAGAAUGUCGAACUAUUAUAGCUAUUAUCGUCCCCAAUAUAUUAUUCCUCGUAUGAAACCCAUUAU